GGUAUCUAAACCUUCUUGGUUCAGCUUUGGCAGUUUGUAUGAAUCUAGAGAAUCUAUCCAUUUCUUUUGUGCUUUCCAGUUUAUUGGCAUGCAGAUUUGGUGUUUUUUCUCAUUUUCUUUUUACUUUUCCCUUCCUUCCUUUCCCUUUCCCACUUUCCUUGUUCUCCUUCUAAUUUGAACAUUUUCUUACAAUUUCACAAUGUGUGUUACACAUUUUGGUCUUUAUUUAAACUUUCAGUUUCUCACAUGAGAGAAACAAAUGCAAUAUUUAUAUAUAUGUCUCCAGUUUACUUCACUUAACAGUGUGGUCUCAAGAUGCAUCCAUUCACCUAGAAAUGUCUGAAGUGUUCCUUCACUAUGGCAGAGUAGUACUCCAUUGUAAAAAAAAAAUCACAUCUUCUUUAUCAGUUCACUAGGUAAGGGGCAUUUGGGCUGUUUCCAAGAUUUGGCUAUUACAAACUGUGCUGCUGUAAACAUGAGCUUGCAUAUAUUGCUGUGGUAUGAUGUUUUUAAUUCUUUCGGGAAGAUACCAAGAAGGAGAAUAGCUGGAUCCAGUGGGACCUCUAGUUUUAGUGGGUUUUUUUUUUUUUUGUACCAGGGAUCAAACUGACAACCUUACUCUUGGCAAGCAGGUGCUUAUUGUGCUGAGCUAAGUCCCUGGAAAGUUCUAGUUUUUUGAAGCAUCUCCACACUAAUUUCCACAGUGUUUGUAUCCGUGUACACUCUCGCUGUUAUGUUUGUGUUUGGAUGUCCCUCCCCCAAAGCCUCAUGCAGUCAGGAAGCUAUCUUUUAGAGUUUGUGAAUGACUCAUGGUCCAAUGCUGGGAUUAUGGUGUGAGUGCCACACUCACGUGGAUGUGGCCUACAUACAAUAUAAGGGACAGAGUCUUCUGUCUUUGCUUCUCCCCUUUGCUCUUGUUGCUUGUGCUGUUUUCUGCUGCCAUGAACUUUUGCCCUCUGUCAUGUGCCACUGUGCCACGGAUCUAGUUGAUUAUGAACUGAAACCUCUACAAACCAUGAACUAAAUAAACCCUUCUUUCCUUCACUUUGGGUGUUGACUAUUUUGUCCCAGCAACAAGAGAAAAGUAACUGAGACAGAAUUUGGUACCAGUGGAGUGGAGUCAUUGCUGUAACUAUGCCUGACCAUGUAGUUCAAGAAUCUUUGGAAAUGGCUUGUGGGAAGAGUUUUUAAAGAUUUGGAGAUGUUGCCUGAAGGAGUAGAGCUGAAAUACCUUAGACUGUUCUGCAUGGAAGAUUCUGGUCAGAAGUCAGAAGACCUGAAGACUGAUAGAAAGCUUGCUGUACCAAAAGAAUUGGUGGAGCUCCAUUUGAAGUUGAUGAGGAAGAUUGGCAAAUCUGUUACAGCAGACAGAUGGGAAAAAUACUUGAUCAAGAUAUGCCAAGAGUUUAAUAGCACCUGGGCCUGGGAGAUGGAGAAGAAGGGCUAUCUUGAAAUGAGUGUUGAAUGCAAACUAGCUCUCCUAAAGUAUCUCUGUGAGUGUCAAUUUGAUGACAAUCUUAAAUUCAAGAAUAUUAUUAAUGAAGAAGAUGCUGAUGCUAUGCGACUCCAACCAAUUGGGCGAGACAAGGAUGGCCUUAUGUAUUGGUACCAGUUGGAUCAAGAUCACAAUGUCAGAAUGUACAUAGAAGAACAAGAUGAUCAAGAUGGCUCUUCAUGGAAAUGCAUUGUCAGAAAUCGAAAUGAGUUGGCUGAGACUCUUGCACUCCUGAAAGCACAAAUUGAUCCUGUACUAUUGAAAAACUCUAGCCAACAGGACAACUCUUCUCGGGAAAGUCCUGCUUUAGAGGAUGAGGAGACUAAAAAAGAGGAAGAAACACCUAAACAAGAGGAACAGAAAGAAACUGAAACGACUAAAGAAGAGAGGCAAGUGGAUUCAGUGAACCACUCGACAGCCUAUUUUUUAGAAGAGACUAUUGUAAAAAUUGAAAAAGAUGAUGAAAAGGAACUCACAAAACUUCCAAUCAUUGUAAAGCUAGAAAAAUCUUUGUCAGAAAGUGAAGAAAAAAAGAUUAUCAAAGAAGAAAAUGAUUCUUUCAAGGAAAAUAUCAAACCCAUUAAAGUUGAAGUGAAGGAAUGUAGGUCAGAUCCCAAAGACAUCAAAGGUAGCAUGGAGAAGGUAGGGGCACCUGAACCUGAGAGGCUAGAAUUCGGUGGCAAUGUCAAAUCUUCUCAGGACAUUACAGAAAAAUCUCCUGAAGAAACUGAGAAACUUAAAAAUGACCAGCAGGCAAAGAUACCUCUUAAAAAACGAGAAAUUAAACUGAGUGAUGAUUUUGAUAGUCCAGUCAAAGGACCUCUGUGUAAAUCAGUUACUCCAACAAAAGAAGUUUUGAAAGAUGAAAUUAAACAAGAGGAGGAGACCUGUAAGAGGAUCUCUACAAUCACUGCUUUGAGUCAUGAUGGAAAACAACUGGUAAAUGGAGAAGUUAGUGACGAAAAGAUAACUCCAAAUGUUAGGACAGAACAAAUAGAGACAAAAUGUUUAGAUACAAAGGAAGAUAUGUAUAGUAACUUUUCUAAGGACAGAAGUGUCAUCAUGGAAGGAAAUGGAGCAGAAUGCUUAAAUUCUGUCAUAACCAGUACUAAAACACAAGAGCUCGAGAAAGAAGUGACCCUUUUAGGGAAGACUGCAGAUAGUUCAGUAUCAGUCUUAGAGACUCACAGUCAAAAAGGGCUAUUGGAAGAACUUAGUCUUCCAGAAAUGGAAACACCUUUCGAAUCUUCUGAAAUAACAAAGGAUCUCUCUUUAAAAACUGCUUCAUCUGCCCCUGAAGCCUGCACUAUAAAAAUUGAAGAGAAGUCCCCUAAAAGUAAGAAGGAUAACCUCCCACCAACACUAGAAUGUCUUGAAAAAUUGGGAAAGUCUAAAAAGACAUUUCUUGAUAAGGACACACAAAGAUUGAGUCCUAUACCAGAAGAAAUUCCAAAGAGUACUAUAGAAUCAGAAAAGCAAGCAUCUCCUGAGGCAGCUGAAAAUUCUCUGUCUAAAAUGACUGGCCAUUGUGAGAAACUAAUCUUAGAAAAGGAAGGGGUAGAAUGUCAGAGUAUAAGUUCUGUUGAAGGCCUGGAAAAAACAGACCCAGAAAUUAUAAAAGAAGAUUCUGAGUCUAUGAAAGUGGAAAUGGAUAAUCUAGACAAUACUCAGACCUCUAGUUUGGGCAAGCCUUCUGAAACAAAGGAUUCUGUACAAAAAAGCAAAUUUAAAUAUAAGUUGGUUCCUGAAGAAGAAACCAUUUCCUCGGCAAAUACAGAGAUAACCUCAGAAAGGCAGAAAGAAGGUAUCAAAUUAACAAUAAGGAUAUCUAGUCGGAAGAAGAAGCCAGAUUGUCCCCCUCAAAUUCUAGAACCAGAAAGCAAGCAAGACAAGACAGAAAAGGAAGAAGAAAAAGCAAAUGUGGGUCGUACUUUAAGGAGGUCUCCAAGAAUAUCUAGACCUACAGCAAAAGCAGCUGAGAUAAGGGACCAGAAAGCUGAUAAAAAAAGAGGUGAAGGCGAAGAUGAAGUAGAAGAAGACUCAGCAGCUUCACAAAAAACAGAUAAAAAAGAAAAUUUGCAAAAAGAGAAGGAUAUAAAUUCUAAAGUAAGCAAGGUAAAACCCAAAGGCAAAGUUCGAUGGACUGGUUCUCGAUCACGUGGCAAAUGGAAAUAUUCCAGCAAUGAUGAGAGUGAAGGGUCUGACAGUGAAAAGUCAUCUGCAGCUUCAGAAGAGGAAGAAGAAAAGGAAAGUGAAGAUGCCAUCUUAGCAGAUGAUGAUGAACCAUGCAAAAAAUGUGGCCUUCCAAACCAUCCUGAACUAAUUCUUCUAUGUGAUUCUUGUGACAGUGGAUACCAUACCGCCUGCCUCCGCCCUCCUCUGAUGAUCAUCCCUGAUGGAGAAUGGUUUUGCCCCCCUUGCCAACAUAAGCUGCUGUGUGAAAAAUUAGAAGAACAGUUGCAAGAUUUGGAUGUUGCCUUAAAGAAGAAGGAGCGUGCUGAACGCAGGAAAGAACGCUUGGUAUAUGUGGGUAUCAGUAUUGAAAACAUCAUUCCUCCACAAGAACCAGAUUUUUCUGAAGAUCAAGAAGAAAAGAAGAAAGAUUCAAAAAAAUCUAAAGCAAAUUUGCUUGAAAGAAGGUCGACAAGAACACGGAAAUGUAUAAGCUACAGAUUUGAUGAGUUUGAUGAAGCAAUUGAUGAAGCUAUAGAAGACGAUAUCAAAGAGGCUGAUGGAGGAGGAGUUGGCCGAGGAAAAGACAUUUCCACCAUCACAGGUCACCGUGGGAAAGACAUAUCCACUAUCUUAGAUGAAGAAAGAAAAGAAAAUAAACGACCUCAGAGAGCAGCUGCUGCUCGACGGAAGAAACGCCGGCGUCUAAAUGAUUUGGACAGUGAUAGCAACCUGGAUGAAGAAGAGAGUGAAGAUGAAUUCAAGAUCAGUGAUGGAUCUCAGGAUGAAUUUGUCGUAUCUGAUGAAAACCUAGAUGAAAGUGAAGAAGAUCCACCAUCUAAUGAGGACAGUGACACUGAUUUCUGUAGCCGCAGACUAAGGCGACACCCCUCCCGGCCAAUGAGGCAAAGCAGACGUUUGCGCAGAAAGACCCCAAAGAAAAAGUACUCUGAUGAUGAUGAGGAGGAGGAAUCUGAGGAGAACAGUAGAGACUCUGAAAGUGACUUUAGCGAUGAUUUUAGUGAUGAUUUUGUAGAAACUCGACGAAGACGGUCAAGGAGGAACCAGAAAAGACAAAUUAACUACAAAGAAGAUUCCGAAAGUGACGGUUCCCAGAAGAGUUUACGACGUGGUAAAGAAAUCAGACGAGUUCACAAGCGUAGACUUUCCAGUUCAGAGAGUGAAGAGAGCUAUACAUCCAAGAACUCUGAAGACGAUGAGCUAGCUAAAGAUUCAAAGCGGUCAGUUCGAAAGCGGGGCCGAAGUACAGAUGAAUAUUCAGAAGCAGAUGAGGAGGAAGAGGAAAGCAAACCAUCCCGAAAACGGCUACACCGGAUUGAAACAGACGAGGAGAGCUGUGACAAUACACAUGGAGAUGUAGAUCAGCAUGCCCAUGACAGCCAGCCCAGGGUCUUGCCCUCAGCACAAGAGAUUACCAAGAAGUCCUAUCGGAUAGAAAGUGAUGAGGAAGAGGACUUUGAAAAUGUUGGCAAAGUGGGGAGCCCUUUGGACUAUAGCUUAGUGGAUUUACCUUCUACUAAUGGACAGAGUCCUGGCAAAGCCAUUGAGAACUUGAUUGGCAAGCCACCUGAGAAGCCUCAAACACCCAAGGACAACAGCACAACCAGUGCAAGCCUAGCCUCCAAUGGGACAAGUGGGCAGGAGGCAGGGGCACCAGAAGAGGAAGAAGAUGAGCUUUUGAGAGUAACUGACCUUGUUGAUUAUGUCUGUAACAGUGAACAGUUGUAAGACUUUUUCCAUUUUUGUGCUAAUUUAUUCCACGGUAGCUCUCACACCAGCGGGCCAGUUAUUAAAAGCUGUUUAAUUUUUCCUAGAAAACUCCACUACAGAAUGACUUUUUAGAAGAAAAAAAUUCAACAAGCUCUGAAGUCUUUCUGUGAAGUGACCAGUUUCGAACUUUGAAGAUAAAUAAUUGCUGUAAAUUCCUUUUGAUUUUCUUUUUCCAAGUUCAUGGUCCUUGGUAAUUUCAUUCAUGGAAAAAAAAUCUUAUUAUAAUAACAACAAAGAUUUGUAUAUUUUUGACUUUAUAUUUCCUGAGCUCUCCUGACUUUGUGGAUAAGAAUGCAUUCCAUAUAUAUGAGGGCCAAAAACAGAAUUUAGGGGUGGGAAAAAGCACUUGUGCUCUAGCUUUUCAUAUUAAAUAUAUUAUAUUUAAACAGUCAUGGCAUAGAUGAUGAUUAACAGACCAUUUAAAAGCUCGAGUCCUAACUGUUGCCUCUUUGAGAAUUGUAGAUAACAUCCUACAUAAGUCAUUUAGUAAUAGCCUUCGUGAAAUCACCUUGUUUACUAUUGGAGUUACCACACUUUAAAUAAAGAAGAGACCGUGAACGUACCAUUGUUUAAAAAAAAAAAAAGAAAAACAAAACAAAAAACCCCUACAACAUAAGUUUCUAUUAUAGUGGAGUUUCUUGUUAACAAAAUCAUCUGAAAAGCAUUUGAACAGUAAAAUCAAUAAUGAAGCUUUGACAACCAGAUUGUGCUAGUAACAAAGUUGUUGAAAAUAGCUUUAUGAAGUAAUAGAAAGUGGCCUUUAUAUACUAUUGUCUGAUGUUGUCUUUCCUAAUACCUAGGUGGACUAUAAACAUUGCCAAUAAUACAACUCUUGUCUUCUGGCCACUUGUUUUUAAAUAUCUGAAAUUCAUUUUGAGGAAAUACAUCUAUAUGUAACAUACAUGAAGAGAUGCUAAGCUGACAAUGGUAUUUUAGCACAUUUGAAGACUGGGAAGGAAUUUUCAGGUGAAUAUUAACUGGUCUAUUCUUGCCCUUAGUAUCUACUUCAAAUUGAAGUCUACAAACAAAGCAGUUCCUUUGGGAGGUUUUUAGUUUGAGUUUUAGCAUGUGUGUAUGUGUAUGCGUGCCUGUGUGUAUGUAUGUGUUAAAUUUCCUAUCUGCCUGGAUAUAUUAGCAGGAUCUGAAUGUAGUUUUGGCCUUAGAUCAUUAGUCUUCUAUUAAAAUUCAUUAGUAAUCACACAACCAACAUAGAGUUGAGUGGGAACCACCAAUAUACUUAAUUAAGCAUGACAUCCAUUUUAAACAUCUCAGCAUUUUAAAGAAAGGUAAGCCCUUUCUUUCAAGGAAAGGUGGUUUGUAACUAAAUAUUUAACAUGAUUGACACUAAAAUAUGAACUUUUAUCUUUAGUUUCUGUUACAGCUGAAAGAUUUCAGGCAGAGCCAUAACAUUGUACAGAGAAUAGCACUUGUGAUUAAUCCUUUCUUGUCACAUUCUGAAACUUUGACCCAUGAUUUCUGUGAGUACUGUUGCCCUGGGAUUUGGGUUUUUCUGUACCAGUGUUGUGUCUGUUGCCGGCAAUGGACACACUGUAUCUGCUGCUGGCCCAAGGAAUUUUGGUUUUUCUUUCCAGAUUAAGCAUUGUAUGUGCUCGUCAAUGUAUACUAAGGCACUUCUCUUAUUACAAGCUGGCAUUAGACUUGCAUAUACCUCUUUAAAGUCUUUAUGUUCUUACUUUUCCUUCCUCAACAAGUGUUACCCUUAAAGUCUUACUUGUUGGCCCUGAAAGUUUAUAGCUGUUUUUCAGUUGUUUUUUAUUUCACUUUAGUUCUGUAGCACCUGCCCAUUAACAUUUUCUUUGAUUCUAGCUAUGUAUAUGUAUCUGUAUAAAAAAUAAAAUAAUGAAAGCAGCCUAAAAAUAGGAUGCAAUAAUAGCAUGUGGUUCCAACUAACUUGUGAUUUUUAUUUUAAAACAGUGUUCCACUGGAAGGGAGGGAAGGGCUUAUAUGUAAAGGCAGUGACGCAGGCUAAAAUGGAGCCACAUUCACUUACUAAUCGUCCUUUCUAGCUUGGUUUGUUUUAUUUAUUUGAAAGCUAAGGAUUUUAAGCCUUUUAAAAUACUAAAACAGGCAGGCAAAAGGAUUUCUACUACCUAGUGUCAGGUAAGUGGUCUGAAUGUAUAAGUGGCCUUUUGUGCUCCACAAUCUCCCUGUACUGUUUUAGCCCUGCAACUGGGUAAAGCCACUAUGAUGUAGAAACUCUGUGCCCUGUCUCUACCUCUGGACCCAUCAGCUCCUGCUUCCACCUACUAAUUCCUCUUAGUUAAGCAGGUGAUUGCUAACAUUAAAUGGGUAGGUAAUUUAAUGGGAUGCUCAACAUGACAUAAGGAGUUCUUUUUACUCUUUUGCUCUAUAAAGUUCCAGGUAAUUUUUAUAGAAAAGACUGAGUGUUCCCUGUGGCAAAUGUCCACUGACAUGGGUUAUGAAACCACUUGUGCUGCCUGAAACUUAUAAACCAUCAGCUAUGUUUCAUCUACCAAGAACAUAAUCAGGAAGCUAAUUAACACACUAUGCAGGUAGAUACAGUUCUGCUGCCCUGUGUGUGUGUGUGGGUAUGUGUGUGGGUGUGUGUGUGAGAGUGGUGGUGGUGGUGGGCAGUGGUGCUGGGGAUUAAACCCAGGGCCUCAUGCAUGCUAGGCAAGCACUCUCCUAAUAAGCUAAGUCCCCAGACCUGGUUUAGAUUCAGUUCCACAGAGUCUGUUAUCCCUCAGAUAUCGUUACUCUGAAAAAGUCUGUUAAUACUAAAAAAAUUAGAGAAAAAUAUUCUGUAUCCAAAGACAUAAUACAUGCAUUAGGAAAAUAAAGGAAAGCAGUAAUUCAUGUAGCAAAUAGACCAUUUUGAAUCCUUGUUAGGGCACUAGCCAUGGAUUUAGAUUCAUAAUAGUUGCUAUAUAGUAGAGCCCUUUAAUAAUACAAGCUUUCUUUUUUUAAUACAAGUUGGGCUCACAAUAUCAAACUAGUCUACAGCAAAUAUAUUAAGGAGAGGUGUAGUUUACUCUUCAGAGUUUAGUCUGCAAUUUCUCAAAAGAUCUGAUAAUUAGCCAAACUUCCACAAUACAAAAGCUUCGAAUUGAAAUAUUAUACAUGAGAAAGACUCAGACUGGUCUGUACAUUUGUGUUGAUGAUAGUGUUUAGUGUAAAACAUUUUUCAUUGUUGCUACAUUACUGCAAAAUGACAGCAGACAUAUUUUCAAGAAUACUGAGGUUGGUUUUCUUUGGCAUCCUUUUUUAAUUGGUCAGAGUUGACUGAAUGAAUAAACAGUUUAAUUUCGAAUAAAUUCAUGUCUACUGGUAAUGUUUUCUUUAAAAAAAAUCUGCCGAAGAACCAAAGAUUUUGAAAGCUAAUGAAGUUGUUGGGAAAAAAAGACUUAAGGACAAAUUAAUUUCAAAGAAUAUUACUUUAAAAAUUAAAAGUAUCAUUAUCCAAUUUUCAAUUUUUGGUUGCUAGAAUCCAUCCUAUAUUUAAGCACAGUACAUAUAUUAAGAAAAAUGUGGAUAUUACUUCAAUCAAGGUUUAAAAUGAGAAAAUGUUAUUUUUUUAAGUGGAAAUUUCAUUUAUCACAAGGAAUUCAUAUUUGUCUUCUGUUUAUGGGCAUCAGAAAUGUUAACUGCAGGCCAGGGAUAUAGCUCAGCAGCAUAAGCACCUGCCUAGCACUCACAAGGUCCUGAGUUUGAUUUCCUGUACCCCCCUCAAAUGUUAACCAUUCUAUCACACAACUUUAAAGACCCUAAUGAAUGUAUGACUUUAAUACUCAGAAAAAGUUGUGAACUCCAUUCUUUACCAGCACAUUGAAACAAGUUUUUAAUUCAUGGUGUUGACUCACAGCUUUGGACAAGUAUUCCAAAACCCCAAUCUUUUUUCAAAUGGAGAGAGAGAGAGAGAGUGAGUGUAUACAUACAUAUAUGUGUAUGUGUAUAUAUAUAUAUAUAUAUAUAUAUAUAUAUAUAUAUACAUAAUUAGAAUAAUCCUUCAGUAAUUUCUUAUGAAAAGAAAUAAGGCAAAUAAUUGCAUUGCAACUGAUACAGAAUUAAGGAUAUCAUUUAGUUACAGAAAGUCUAGAGUAAAAUAGUUUUUCUUGUUGGUUUGACAUUCUCAAAAUAUUUUCCUGCUUCUUCAAGAAGCAGAGAAGGCCAAGACUAUAAACUGCUGUAACCUAUCUGGUCCUCAUUAUACUUAAUAUGAUUAAUUAUUAAACUUGCAGGAUACAAUCCAUUCCUAUUUUAUCCACUAUUUCCGGUGUGUAUCUGUAAACUUUCCUUGGAAAAAGCAAGUAAACUGAUUUUUUUCUAUAUUCAUACCAAUCCUGAAAGACAAGACCUUUUGCUGUCAAUAUGUUUAAACUGGGUUAUGUUAUUUUGUUUACUUACGUAACAUACAUUUUGAUACUGUUUCACUUCAAUAAUUUAACAUUUUUGCGUGCCAAGAAGUGCUAAGUAAAUAUAACACUGAAGAGUCAUUCCCAAAUAAACAUAUUCUAAAGUAGUUUUUAUAUAACCACUUCAGACUGUACACUUUUUUAUUCAUGUAGACCCUUUCAGAAGUUGAUUCUAGAGUCACUAUCACUUUAGUGGAUUUUUCCCCCUUCAUUUUGGUCAUGUGAGUGCAGUUGUAAAAAUUUCAUAUUUAUACCAAUUUGCUCUGGGAAAGGCUGUAAACCCAAUUCUGUCUGGCACAUUGUAGAAGUUUCAAAUAAUAAAGACAUUAUUUUUAUCUUAAUGACUUUAAGGUAUCCUAAAUAUGUAAGUCACCUGAAAAGACAUAAUCAUUAGAAGGGGAAAAAUUUAUUAAACCUUUAUAUACUAUGAAUGAGGAAAACACGUUUUUCCAAAAAUUUUAUAUUUGGGUUUUUUGUUUCGUUCUGUUUUUUGGGGGCUGCCAAACCACACAAGCAAGCAAAUAUGCCUAGGACUGAAUAACUUGCCUUUUUCUUUUUGCCACUGGAUUAUGUAAGUUAAGAAUGGAAUUGUUAACCCUAAUUAUAUAUUUCUUGACUUUCAUUGGUUUCUAAAAAAAUCUAAUUUAAGUGUUUUGAGGUUUUGUUUGAUCUGUAUUUAUUGAGUUCUGGUCAUAGACCAGGAGCCUGCAUGACAUGCUUACUGACAGCCAGAACACAGUCAUUGGGGAAGUUAAUGGCUCAAAACCUUCUGAAUAGUUUAAUUUAUUUUGUAUGUUGAAAAACAAAAGGAAGAAAAGAAAAAAGUUUAUUUUGCUUGAGUCACAUUUUUUUAUAACUGUACAGCUUUUAUGGGAUGGGAGGUGGGAAAGUACCCUAAAAUAGGAUGUAGAUUUUUACAAUUGUGUUUAUGCUAGAACAUCUACAGGUGCAUUAUGUAAUUAAACCUAAAAUUAUUUAACAAUCUGUGCCAUUGUCUUUUUCAUCUUACUACCCUUUAGUAGUGUUAUGGUGCAUGACAGUAUUGUUACAUGAACAGGCCUUGAAAUUAAACUAAAACUUGUCUCCAAAGCUUUUAAAGUCAGUGCAUGAAAAUUAUACCCACACAUAUAUGUUAGACACGUACCUAUACACACAGAUUGGGUUUGUAUGAGCAAAAAUGUGGCGUUUCAGGAUCAGAACUGCUAUAGUAGCCCAAAUUUGACAGUGCAUGACUUUUGUGAUGAAAACUAGGGUAUUCUCAAUGUUGGUCUGGUGUUCUUUCAGAGUAGCUUCUUGAUCAAAGUAUUUGAAUAGUAGCUUACCAAAAACUUGCAGAUUUUCUGUACACUGAAAGGUAUCCUGUGCUAAGAUGGGAUCGGGGUAGAUCAGGGCUUGAUUUCUGUGUGUAAAAGAAGAAAAAACUAGAAUUGCUCAAUUUGGUUAUUCAGUAGAUUUAAUUCCACAGGGAUGAAUAUUUGCUGAAAUAUGUCAAGAAGGGAAAUCAGUUUCAAAUUCCAUCCCUCCUUAUUAAGUAUUUUUGAAAUCUUGUAAAAUUGCUGAUUUUAGCAGCCUUUUACAUGGUAUAUUUUACCGUGUUAUAUUAAUAUCUUUUUAAAAUGCCAGUAAUUUUUGCCAUCUGAUAAUUUUAUCAUUCUUAUUCUUUGUAGCAGAAGUAUAUUCUUGUAAAGAAUUAAAAUAAUCUAAGUGUCAUAAUUUCUAAGCUAUCUUCAUCUAUUGUCAGCUAACGUGGGAAGUCAAUUUCUUUGCUAUGUUCACCCAGACAGAAGCCUGAGGACCAUGAAUUUCCACUUGAAGAUUACAAAUUCUAAAUAAGAAUUUGUAAAUUGCCUAUUUUAGGAUUUCACUUUGAUUUUAAAGUAAUAACUGGGAUCCAGGAAGGGUUUGAUUUGAACACCUCUUGGAUUUUUAGACAUGCUCAUACAAAAUGCUUUAUUUUCCUAUGCAUAAAAAAAAGAACUUAUUCCUGGAAUAGGGUCUCAGAACUUUGUUUCUAGCCAAGUACUAAAGAGCAACUCCAAAAGUAACAUAAAACUAACUUGGAAGUAAUCAGGACUAUGCUCUUAGUGAAAGAGAAACUGGAGUGCUGUCUGUCACAUAAUGUACUGCAUGUGAGGGGUGGGGGGGGAACAACUGGAAACAUGAUUUUGAUAACACAAAUUUUGCGCAUAAAAAGAGUAGAAAUUCCUGAUUGCUUAAAGCUUCAGGAAUAAACUGCAGUGUAUGAACACCUAGUGUGUUAAAAUUGCAGUUUAGUGUGUUAGAAUUGCAGUGCAUAAUUGUUUAAAUAUAAUAUUCCUUGUGACAACCAAAAUAUGUUGUGGCUGGUGCCAAUAAUUUUGUUAAUGAAAUGUUCAAUGUCUCACUACAGUCUGAUCAGAAUUUUUAGUGUUAUAUGCCGGGCCUAAGCCAUUUGAUAGCUACUGGCCUAACUGUGUAACUUUCUCUUUCAAAAUGUUUUAUUAUAAUACUGUCAUUUCUUUCACUUAAUAUGUCAAUUGUCAUAAUAAAAGAUUUAAAUAAUUUGAUGUA